AUGGGUGUGGGGAGUCAGUGGGAUGGAGGGGAGAUGGGAAGGCCUUUCCUGUCUCUGAACCAGACUGAGGACAGUGCACGCAGACGUCCUGGGCCUGAAUGUGAACUGAAAGGGAGCCGGGGAGGAUCCCACUUGGAUGUAUCCAGACCGUUCCAGGAGCUGACCGUCAGCAUGAGCAAGGAGGCCCGAGGCCCUGCUCCCCUGGAGUUUAGCGUGUGCAUGAUCGUGUCAGAUGCUAGGGCGGUUGUGUCUGAGGAAGGGCUGUCCCCCCACCUGGAAGCACUCUCCCUUUCUGAAACAUGCCCUGCCUUUGCUUUACUCUCCCUGGGCUUCUGGUGCCGGAAGCGCUUGUCUUCGUCCCUCAGCGCCCCACUCAUCAGGCCCCUCCUCCUGGAGGCCCGCCCCGCUGACCGGUUGGGCGAGAUGCCGGCCGGGGCUCCCCGGGCUCCGGCCCUGAUCGUACGCGACCAGACCGAGCUGCGGCUCUGCGAGCGCUCGGGGCAGCGCACGGCCAGCGUCCUGUGGCCCUGGAUCAAUCGCAACGCCCGCGUGGCGGACCUCGUGCGCAUCCUCACGCACCUGCAGCUGCUCCGCGCGCGGGACAUCAUCACGGCCUGGCACCCUCCCGCCCCCCUCCCGCCCCCCAGCGCCACCGCCCGGGCCCUGGGGCCCAGCAGCAUCUCCGCCCCCUCCGAGCCAGAGGCCAGGAACCCCAGGAAGUCGCAGUCCUCAGCCUCCACCCUCCUCUCCCCAGCUUUUCCAGGUUCCCAGACCCAUCCCCGGCCCGAGCUCGGCCCCACUGCACAUUCUGCCUCCCCCCAGCCGGCACUGCCAACUCCAGCCCCUUCCUCUGAGCCGAGCCCAGAGAGCCCACUGGCCUUCCUGCAGGGGGCCCACCCCGCCCCGUUCUGCUGGCCCCUCCCAGAAAUUGCCCAGGGCACCCGCAACUUCUCCGAGGAGCUCAAGAUCGGUGAGGGUGGCUUUGGCUGUGUGUACCGGGCGGUGAUGAGGAAUACGGUGUAUGCGGUGAAGAGGCUGAAGGAGGACGCCGAUCUGGAGUGGAGCGCUGUGAAGCAGAGCUUCCUAACCGAGGUGGAGCAGCUGUCCCGGUUUCGUCACCCAAAUAUCGUGGACUUUGCCGGCUACUGUGCUCAGAGUGGCUUCUACUGCCUAGUCUACGGCUUCCUGCCCAGCGGCUCUCUGGAAGAUCGCCUCCACUUCCAGACGCAGGCCUGUGCCCCCCUCUCCUGGCCUCAGCGAAUGGACAUCCUUGUGGGCACAGCCCGGGCAAUUCAAUUUUUACACCAGGACAGCCCCAGCCUCAUCCACGGGGACGUCAAGAGCUCCAAUGUCCUUCUGGAUGAGAGGCUGAUGCCCAAGCUGGGGGACUUCGGCCUCGCCCGUUUUAGCCGCUUCACCGGUGCCAACCCUGGCCAGAGCAGUGCUGUAGCCCGGACCCGGACGGUGCGGGGCACCCUGGCCUACCUUCCCGAGGAGUACAUCAAGACAGGGAAGCUGGCCGUGGAGACCGACACGUUCAGCUUUGGGGUGGUGGUGCUGGAGACCCUGGUGGGCCAGAGGGCUGUGAGAACACAGGGCACUGGGACCAAGUAUCUGAAGGACCUGGUUGAAGAGGAGGCGGAGGAGGCCGGGGUGGCCCUGAAAGGUGGCCACACGACAGCUCAGGCAGGUCUGGCCUCAGACGGCUGGGCUGCCCCGAUCGCUGCUCAGAUCUACAGGAAACACCUGGACCCCAGGCCCGGGCCCUGCCCACCCAAGCUGGGUCUGCCCCUGGGCCAGCUGGCCUGCUGCUGCCUGCACCGCAGGGCCAAGAGGAGGCCCCCCAUGACCCAGGUGUACAAGAGGCUCGAGGAGCUGCAGGCGGCGGCAGGGCUGCCCCCGGAGCCCGAGGCCACCGGCCGUGGCCCACCCUCCCCACAGGAGAACUCCUACGUGUCCACCGCCGGCGCUGCCCCGAGCAGAAGUGCCCCCCGGCCGCCCCUGGCCGUGCCGUCCAGAGGCCUGGCGCAGGCUGCAGACCAGCUCUGGAAAGGCCCCAACCAGCCCGUGGAGAGUGACGAGAGCGUGUCGGGCCUCUCUGGUGCCCUGUAUUCCUGGCACUUGACUCCAAGCCCCUCACCAGGCCCGGCCCUGCCAGGCAGCCCUGGGCAAGGAGCUGCCACUUGGGCCCCAGCACCCCUCAGACUGGCCAGCUGCACUCAGGCAGGGGGCGCCACCAAAGAGUCGAACUGGGGGAGUGGCCCCGGGUCCUGGCCCACAGCCUUGGAAGGGUCACCGUUGGGUAGCACCGCAUCAUCCGAGCCGCCGCAGAUUGUCAUCAACCCGGCCCGACAGAAAAUGGUGCAGAAACUGGCCCUGUACGAAGACGGAGUGUUGGACAGCCUGCAGCUGCUGUCCUCAAGCUCACUCCCAGGCUUGGACAGGCAGGGGCCUGAAGAGAGUGACGAGUUUCAGAGCUGAGCGUGCACCCGGGCAGACGCCCCAAACCUGGAAGUCAAAGUUCUCAUGGUUGGAAGUUCUCAUGGUGUGCGAACACUUGGCAGCUCGUGGGCCGCGGGGCGUGGGGGCACCUUCCCUGCAGGGAGGGGGCUCACAGGCAGGACUCGGCCGGCCAAGCCAUCGAUUGGGUGCCAUCAGAGGGACGUGGGGGGUGCGGGUCUGAGGCCACUGGCCGCGUGGCCCGGAGAGAAGUGGGGUGCCGUGCAGUGGGAUGAGGGGAGCUGGCUCCCCUGAGAGCAAGGUAGGGCGUCUGCAGCCCAGGCUCCCAAAGGAGCCCCUGGCCAUCUGUGUUGCAGAAUCGAGUGGGUGGGGCCCGGGGAAUGUGGAAAGUUGCAGUGUGGCUGU